AACCAACUUCAGUGAGGUAUGUGACAAAAAAGCCCUGAUCAGUUGCACUCUUUGUGUUCUUCCUUAUCUCUCUCUCUUUCCCUAAUGUUAAUGGCAGAGUUAGAGUAGCGUUUGAAUUUUGAAAUGGCAUUCAUGAAAUGAGGCAACUCUAUCUGUCUCUCUACAGAUGGAUUGUGUCACCAUCCAGUGAUCCCUUACGGAAAACAUCUGUUUUUCUGCCGAUUUAACACUAUGUCAGGUUUUAUUUUACUCAUGUGACCUCUGAAUCACCCCACAAACAGACCACAAAAGACCUUUAAUUCAGCCGUAUUCUGUCAUGAUCAGUCCCAGAUCUCUGCAGAAUCAUAGGUUUUGCAGCUUUAACUUCUUGUGCUAUUCGUUUUAUUGUUAUUUAUUCAUUCUUUCAUGCAUUUAGCAUGUUGUGAUGUUGAUCUCAGUUUAACAUGUUUUACGAUAUCCAAAUCCAUUUAAUAUAAUUCCUCCAUUUUCUCCCAAAAAGAUAAUGCAAAAAAAUAAAUAAAGUAAUUUUUUCUGACUUUUUCAGCAAUGACUUUUAUCCUACUGGUGUCCUUGUGUGUAGUUCAUCAUAUGAACAUUUAAUUCAUAUUAACAGAUUUUGAGCUGUAUUGAAUAAAAUGAAAUCUUUGCAGAUUCUGUCUGGGUUUGGUCAUGGUCAUCGUCGGUAUUAGUUACAUCCAAAUGUAAACUACUUAUGUUUCAGCAUGAUUUAUUUGACAAAACCUGACACUGAAGUGUGUCUGAAACAAGCAUGUAAUCUUGCUUGGAAUCUCAUCAGACAGGUUUGAACUCACUGUCUGGGAGAAAGAGAGGGUGGAGAGAGAAAGAGCUGAGGAGGGAGUCGGCCAAAAGCAACCACAUGUAAGAGUUUAAAUAAUACCUGUAAAACUGAACCAUCAGGAUACAACACAAGCACUGAUGAGAGACCACCGGAUAAAACACAGACAAGCCUAACAGAGAACCCACUAAGCUGCUCCACAGGACUAAGAUAACAGGCAGCUAAGGAAGGAACAUACCACUGAAGAAGACACUUUAGCCAGUAGUGCCUCAUUCCAGUGUGAAACUGCUGAUUAGAGUGCCAUUUUUCCUUGUCUCCUCGUGCAUCUUUUGCCGUCCCCCUGCACAGCCAUGCCAUUCUCUCGAAGCUUCCUGUCUGAAGAGCAGCUGCUGUGCUCCAUCUGCUUAGACGUGUUUGACAAUCCGGUGUCCACGCCAUGUGGCCACAACUUCUGCAUGACCUGCAUCGGCCACUACUGGGACUCAGUGAAGCACUGUCAGUGCCCCCUCUGCAAGCAGACCUUCAAGAGAAAGCCAGAUCUCCAAAUUAAUCGAACUCUCAGAGAGAUCACUGAACAGUUCAAGCGGAUGAAGGGAAACCCGGGGACUUCUGGAAGGAACGAGGCAGAUAGAGAAGCUGAGGAAGGGGAAAAGACACAAGAGACAGUUGGUAGUACACUUAGGCCAGCCCAACUUCCAGGUAAUCUUCUUGAGGAAAUGAAGCAGAGACUCACACGGCACAGGGCACACAGCAAUUCUCUGGCCUCUCAGAAUGAAUCAUGGUCUGAACAAAUUGUUACACCAAACACGGAUAGUACUAGUGACACCCAGCCACCUGGUUUUGCCAGACAGGUGUCCCUGCGAAGGUAUACCUUGAGUGGGGCGGCAGAUGCCAUGAAAGUCCCCCUUUGUCCAAAACAUCACCGAAACCUGGAGCUGUUCUGUCGAUCUGAUUCGGAGUGUGUUUGUGUUGAGUGUGGACAAACCGAACACCAGUCACAUGACAUCACAUGUGCCGAGAAAGAGUGGCAAAGUCAUAAGAUGAAGAUUGGUAUCACAGAGAACGAGAUGCAGGAGAUGACCAAGAACAGGAUGGAGAAAGUGGAGGAGAUCAAACAAUCACUAGUUCAUUUUAAAAUGCUGUCAGAGCAUGAGGUGCAGCGCAGUAUGCAGCUGUUUGGGGCUUUGAUAAGCUCCCUCGAGCGCAGUCAGGCCGGGCUGCUGGAAGUGACUGAGAUAAACCGUCUCUCAGCAGAGCACCAGGCUGAGCUCAUGAUCAGAGAGCUGGAGCAGGAGAUCACAGAACUGAGGAGGAGAAGCACAGCACUGGCCAAACUGGCCCAGUCUGAAAAUUAUAUCACCGGACUGAAGGGCUUUUCUGACAUCAGCACUCUCAAGGCAAUGAAAGACUGGACGGGUAUCUCACUGACCUGUGACUUUGGAACGAUAACAAUUUACACCUCUGCCUGUCAGCUACUGGAACAGUUUAAGGAGGAGCUUCAGAAAGUACCUGAAUUCUGCCUCUCUGUGUCCACUAGCCUAUCACCUGUGAAAUCAAUCACAAAAGUGAAGAGAAUACAGGAAUAUGCAGUGGAUGUGACCCUGGACACCAACACUGCUCAUCCACGUCUCAUCCUAUCAGAAGACAAGAAGAAGGUGUGGUGUGGUGAAAAGCGUCAACAAGUUCCCAACAACCGUGAGCGCUUCGACUGUGUAGUCUGUGUCCUGGGCUGCGAGGGAUUCAGCAGUGGCCGACACUACUGGGAGGUGGAGGUGGAUGGAAAGACUGACUGGGAUGUGGGAGUGGCGAGUCAUUCCUGCAACAGAAAGGGUAAGAUCGCAGUCAGCCCCAACAAUGGCUAUUGGUUUCUUAGCCUGCGGGACAAGAACAACUAUGCCUUUAGGACUGAGCCUUCCACUGCCAUUCCCCUGAGCCUGAGACCUCAGAAGAUAGGGCUAUUUGUGGACUAUGAAAAAGGCCAAGUGUCCUUUUAUAAUGUGGAUGCAAAGAUGCACAUCUACACAUUUAUGGACAUCUUCUCUGAGACUAUUUACCCAUUUUUCAGUCCCUGUACCAACAAAACAGGCAGAAAUGAUGCUCCGCUGGUGAUCAAGCCUGUCCUUAUGGACUGAAGAGUGAGAUGUAAACAUUUUAUGAGCAAGCAUCCGAUACAAAAUGUUGUGGCAUUUUUUGCCUUAUAUAUGAUUUGUCUGCUGCUAUUGGCAAUUUCACUAAGAUGACACAUGACACUGUACAUCCUCUCUUUCCAGUUUUUGGUUUUGUUUUUUCUAUUUUAUGCAGAUUUGCAUUUGCUUUGUCCAUUCUCUGUAGAUCCAAUCCAUUUUGAUAAUGUUUAUUAUGCAAUGCUUGUACACUACUGGUCAAACCACUUUUUCUUACCCUCAGCAAAUAUAAAACAAUAAG